AUGAAAGUCCUGGAAACCAUCCCACCAAACGAUGAUUUCAAAAUGAGACAUCCAUCGCCGCUGUAUCCUCAAAAAGUCGGAAGACAAGCUCUCCAUUUUUCACCGCAGCUCGGAUGCUGGUUCACGCUGAAGAUAGAAGAAAGCCUUCCUUGCUUUGCAAUUCAGAUGAAGUUCUACGAGACCGACCACGAUCCCUUCACGAUGAACAAGCCUUGUCGGUUCAAGGCCAAGAAGCGAUUCCAGCCGGUCAACGUAUUCCUCGUCAAAGAGUCAGUCCCUUGUGGAUUUGACCGAAUGGUUCCCGAAGAGCUAUUCGACUUCGCCAAUGUCCUACGAGAAGGCGUUCAGUUGGAGCAAUAUGCUGCCAUCCUCAUCAGAAUGGACGACUGCUACAGCAACGUGCCGGUCGUUUGCACAGAAGAACAAUCAUCAAGUCAACUUUGGAAAAAUGAAAAUUCAGUACACGUCAUGCUCGAAGUUGGACUUGCCCUCGCUGCCGAAGCGGGCAUCACGAAAAAUAUGACGGCAAAUGAGUACUUCCUACACAAAAUGAUGUCGAGCCACCUCUCCAGAUCCUUCAAGAAAAUCAACUUGGACGAAUGCCGCUGCGCAUCCUGCUAUUAG